AACUUCACAUUGACUGACUAAUAAAAUUAUUUAAAAUUAUAAAAAAAAUCAUGUAGUAAAACGUUAUAUAAAUCAAAUAUGAUGAACGGUGCGAAACGUGAAUCGACAUGUCUGUGCUUGUAGUAAUAUUAAAUAGACAAUAAUCACAAUGUAUGACGUGCCUGGAGACUACUUACUGACAUACGAUUCUAAGUUUACGGAACUUCAUACAGAUAGCUCAGACUUCGAAGAUUCGUGUCCAGCACCUAUCACACCCAAGCUCGGUAACCACAGCCUCAUAAGACGAAAAGUAAAAUCUAAAAGAAAAACCAGCACAGCCUCGUUCAACGGCCAGUGCACAGUCACUAAUGCUAACUCCAGAGAAAUGUGGGAGUCACAAACUAUCAUAAGCCAGGAUGGUAAACAGAUCGAUCUAGAAUUCCAUCGGAAAUAUCAAAAUAGAAAGUCAAAAGUAUUAGACAGCGGAGAUCAAAUAGAAACAAUCAGAUCCAAACGCUCGCUGAUGCGACACAAAGUACUGCCGUGCCUAUCAAGCAUAUUUGGACGACCGAGUACUAAUGUUAAACAAAUGUCAAUUAUAAAGGAAAACCAAGUCGAAAACGCAAACACAGAUAGCGGUUGUCAAGCGAGCUCCGUCAAUUGCGAACACAAAAUAAGGAAAUUUAAUAGAAGACAGCAGUGCUAUGCCGUCCAACCUGUUUAUGCCGUUGAAGGAAGCGCUCAUGCCAGGUCGCCUUCAUUUCAACACACAAAAAUUAUCCGAGAACCGUUGGUGACCCACAAAACGGUUGAAAACGAGUAUACUAACGUAAGCUAUAGUUUAACGUCGUCCUCAGAUGGCACUGGCUCCCGGAAUUUCCUGGCGCGGAAGAAGGAAAAGAAUAAGAAAAGUAUGACUAAUGAGUCGUCUAAAAUUGAGAAGGAAUACUUGUGGUAUGACGAGGGCCCGACCUUGAAACACACAGAACAGCAAUGCCCAUCGAAACUGAAUCGGACAACCACACCGUACCACAUCUACUCGAACCCCUAUCAAAACCAAAACCAAAACCAAUAUCAGCAGAUGACUACCACGGGAUGUUCACCUAUGGCAUCUAGUAACAUAAGUGGCAGUGAGUUGCCCUCUACGUGUUCUGGUUUCUGGGAGUACUUAUUCAACAAAAUCAAUGCGAGAUAUCAAAAUGAUGCUAAUGCAACGUUCAAGCCUUGCAAGUGUAAUACCAUUGUUGAAAAAAGUCCCCGCUGCGAUCCCGUUCAAUGUGAAAAAUUUUCUCAACCCGAACAACAAAACUUACAACAAGACGUACAACAGUACAACUAUCGGGACUCUGCUCCGGGGCUAGGGGUUGAUGAAUGCGCAUGUGCUCCUAAAAAAGGAAAGUCGAAAGACAAAGUUGAAUGUAAAUGUUACGACGGUUCCAAAAUGCCUCCUCCUCUGCCCCCUCCCCCGCCUCCACCACAGGCAAUGCCUCAGUCACAACCCUUCCAAUACGGCCACGGACCGGCAACAUCAGGCGACGCCUCGCCAAGACCCUGCCAAAUACCUCACGAUGAGAUAACGAAGACCUUAAAACAAAAGUACAACGGCGAAAUACUUUGCAUACAUAAUCCACCUUGCGUGCUGAUAAACGGAUGCCUGAACUUACCGCCGGCUAAAGAAAAACUUACUACAGACAUGUGGCCAGUGCUGCAGGAGUGUAACGGUUACCAUAUGUACCCGAGAUCAUCGGCGAGAGAUACAGACGACAUUCAUUAUGGUCCUGAUUCUUUUGAACUCCGGCAAUGUCAGAUUACUGAUGAAAGCUGUCAGUAUUUCCCACCACCCAGAGAGGCAUCAGUUAAGAACGCGGAUGAAGGCUGCCAGUAUCAAGUACCGGAGGAAGAUUCGAAAGAGAUGAUGAUAAGUGAAGAUGGGUGCCAGUACCGUCAAUCUCAAUAUGAAAUUCUAGCUAAAAACUAUACUUUUAAUGAAGGCUGCCAGUAUUGCACACCUAGAGAUACUGUUACGAGGAAAUCCUUACAACUAAAACGAGAGAAGAUCAUACAAAGCAUCUGUAACCACAACCCUCCUUGUGAAGUAGUAAGAACCUGUAUGAAACCAAAAUAUGACCCACAGCUGCAGAACUCUUGUGUGCAUGUGCCGAUGUGUGAAAAAGUACCCUUGUGCCUGAUGGAUCUGAAGAAUCAAAACCAGCCUGUUGGACCCUGCCAACAUAAGCCCAAGUGUGCUGAAGUGCCGAUAUGUACGAGGAACUUUAUAGUACUGACGGCGAAGGAAGAGGCGGCUACGCAGGUGCGGCCGAAAGGCAAGAUGGUGUGCAGACACGAGCCGCCCUGCAUCAUGAUCCCCAAGUGCCUGGCGCGCGUGUGCGACAGCUACAUGCCCUACGACGCCAUACCCGACUGUGUGCACCAGCCCAUGUGCGAGAUGAUCCCGGCGUGCUGCAGGAAGUCAGCCAAAGAAAUGAGUUCGAUGUCGGUGGGUGACAAUGUGCCCAUCGGGAAACAGCCGAAAGUCCCAGUUUAUUACCAGAACAAAAUAUUGAGAAUGAUGACUUUAAAACGUAAGAAGUGAGUGUCGAGUGAAGAAACAGUGCCAUAAAUAAAGUUCAUAGUCAGUC